GAGAAAAAGAGAUAGGGAGGGGGGUGCUCCUGUGUGCUGUGCAGCAGCUGGUAGUCCAUUGCUAACUACAGCGUGUAUGUCACCCUCUCUAUCGCUGUGUCCUCAGCCCUGACUUCCUGUCCGAGUGCACGUCUCUUACUCUAUUUCAACAUCUGUCUCUCGCCUUCGACUUUCAACACUUUACAGAGAGGAGCCAGGUAAGACACUUCUUUUAUUCUGCUCUUAAUUAAUGGAAUGCAAGGCCGCAUCACAGGAUAUCUUGUUGUUUUAGGGUAGGGCUUUCCAACCCUGUUCUUGGAAAGCUACCAUUCUGUAGGUUUUCAUUCCAACCCUAAUCGAGCGCACCUGACCUAAUAAUUAGCUGGUUGAUACGAUGAAUCAAAUUAGUUACAACUGGGGUUGGAGCAAAAAUCUACAGGAAGGUAACUCUCCAGGAACAGGGUUGGAGAGCCCUGUUUUAGGGGAAUUGUGGUGUGUGGGUGCAUAGUACUGUAGCAGUAUUAGUAGUACAUAAUAGUACACACAAGUAGUAGUAAUAUAUGUAGUUGAGGUGACAGGGCCUUGUAAAAGCUUGCUUUGUUAAACCAAUAUGGAAGGGGUCUAUAUCAGCCACCAUGGAGCUCUUUGAUGUUAUGAAGGGCACAACUCCAAGAGGUUUUAACCUUGUGUACCACCUGUCAACAUAAACAGGUCUGUUUCUCUGGGUGUUGUUUGGUGGUUGUCAUUAGUUACUAAUUAAAUCAACAGGGACAGGAUUAUGUCCGAAGUCUUGUGUCCAGCUAACUUGUCAUUGGCAUCGGAAAAUACUAGCCUUAUGUGCGACCUUUUCUCGAGUGUGUGUGUGUCUGUGUCCGUACGUCCCUGUGUGUAUGUUUGUGUGUGCACGCGCAUGUGUGUGUCUGUUGUCAUGUGUCUGUUUCUAGAAAUCCAAUAGGAUAAGAUCAUCAGAUGGUUCACGAGGGGCUGAGAAUGUGUGGUUUCCUCUGUCUGAUAUUCAGACUGACCUUGUAUCUCUGGGGCUCUGAUAUCAUGACCAUGAGUCUCUGACAUCACUACCAUGGGUAUCUGAUACUAUGGGGAAGAGAGCAGACCUGGGUUCAAAUACUAUUCGAAAUCAUUUCAAAUACUUUAUCUGGGCUUGAUUGAACUUGCCUGGCGCAAUGGAAAAAAUAGGAUAGUCGCAAAAGUGCAAACCCCAUCCAUCUGGCACUGCAGACAGACUACACCAAACACUAAAUGUAUCUGAAAGAUUUCAAAUAGUAAUUGAACCCAGGUCUGGAAAGGAGUGGCACUCCACAUUAUAGGGAUUUGUUUUAAUUAAACUCUGUGGGGGUUAAAAGCCAUUGUCAGGGGGUGGAUCAUUGGGAAUCCUAUAACGCAAAGAGGGUAAUAAGUGAAUGAGGCUUAUUGGACAGAGUAAGCAAUUGAUAUGCUUUAGAACAGGCACUGUACAGUACCCUUCCACAUAAACAAGUUUGUGGAUAUCUGCCUAUAGGCCUACUCUAUGCAUUGCAGGGAGAGCGUGAUCACCAUGUCACUGGUUCCCCUUGUGCCAAAAUGUCUAGUAACAUACACCUCGAUGUUAGAGAGAGGGCAGCUUUCUGGGCAUGGUGCACUGGUCACAUGACAGCUGGCUAGUCACUGCAUUUGUCACAUGCUGAAGGCUAUGUGACUUCUAUUCCAUGGCUCACUCUUCCAAGCUAAACAGUGUGGGAAUUAUGGGAAACGGGGUAGGGUUGUAAGAAAUGAGUGGCUACUUACGUGACUUUGGGCUGUUGAGAAUUUGUUUUGCCUGUAAUGACAGUGACAUGAGUUCCAGCUGUGUGGGGGCUGGUGCCAGCAGUGAUGAUUAGCAUAAAAUGACUAAACUAUUACAUAAGUGUGCUUCUUGUUGGGUGCACUGCAACACUAGGUCCAAUUUCUAGAUAUUCUAGGUAUUUAAAACGAUUCCCCGUCCCAAACAGCUUGCACUCAGCUUUAGCCGACGGAUAUUUAAUCCACGGUUUCUGCUGAUGUGCCUCUCAGAGACAGUCCAUCUCAAAUCAAAUCAAAUCAAAUUUUAUUGGCCACAUGCGCCGAAUACAACAGGUGCAGACAUUACAGUGAAAUGCUUACUUACAGCCCUUAACCAACAGUGCAUUUAUUUUUAACAAAAAAAUAAAAAUAAAACAACAACAAAAAAAGUGUUGAGAAAAAAAGAGCAGAAGUAAAAUAAAAUAACAGUAGGGAGGCUAUAUAUACAGGUGGGUACCGGUGCAGAGUCAAUGUGCGGGGGUACCGGCUAGUUGAGGUAGUUGAAGUAAUAUGUACAUGUGGGCAGAGUUAAAGUGACUAUGCAUAAAUAAUUAACAGAGUAGCAGCAGCGUAAAAGGAUGGGGUGGGGGGGCAGUGCAAAUAGUCCGGGUAGCCAUGAUUAGCUGUUCAGGAGUCUUAUGGCUUGGGGGUAGAAGCUGUUGAGAAGUCUUUUGAACCUAGACUUGGCACUCUGGUACCGCUUGCCGUGCGGUAGCAGAGAGAACAGUCUAUGACUAGGGUGGCUGGAGUCUUUGACAAUUUUGAGGGCUUUCCUCUGACACCGCCUGGUAUAGAGGUCCUGGAUGGCAGGAAGCUUGGCCCCAGUGAUGUACUGGGCCGUACGCACUACCCUCUGUAGUGCCUUGCGGUCGGAGGCCAAGCAGUUGCCAUACCAGGCGGUGAUGCAACCAGUCAGGAUGCUCUCGAUGGUGCAGCUGUAUAAUUUUUUGAGGAUCUGAGGACCCAUGCCAAAUCUUUUCAGUCUCCUGAGGGGGAAUAGGCUUUGUCGUGCCCUCUUCACGACUGUCUUGGUGUGUUUGGACCAUGAUAGUUUGUUGGUGAUGUGGACACCAAGGAACUUGAAGCUCUCAACCUGUUCCACUACAGCCCCGUCGAUGAGAAUGGGGGCGUGCUCAGUCCUCUUUUUUUUCCUGUAGUCCACAAUCAUCUCCUUUGUCUUGGUCACGUUGAGGGAGAGGUUGUUGUCCUGGCACCACACGGCCAGGUCUCUGACCUCCUCCCUAUAGGCUGUCUCAUCGUUGUCGGUGAUCAGGCCUACCACUGUUGUGUCGUCGGCAAACUUAAUGAUGGUGUUGGAGUCGUGCCUGGCCAUGCAGUCAUGGGUGAACAGGGAGUACAGGAGGGGACUGAGCACGCACCCCUGAGGGGCCCCCGUGUUGAGGAUCAGUGUGGCAGAUGUGUUGUUACCUACCCUUACCACUUGGGAGCGGCCUGUCAGGAAGUCCAGGAUCCAGUUGCAGAGGGAGGUGUUUAGUCCCAGGAUCCUUAGCUUAGUGAUGAGCUUUGAGGGCACUAUGGUGUUGAAUGCUGAGCUGUAGUCAAUGAAUAGCAUUCUCACGUAGGUGUUCCUCUUGUCCAGGUGGGAAAGGACAAACACUCAGGACAAACACACAAUGCGUUCUAUGACUGUGCAGAGGAACACAAGUAGAAUGGUGCAAGUGGAUGAGCUGUUUGAUCCUUCAAUGUUGAUCAAACCAGGAAAUAUUUAUUGUACACAUGGAUAAAGGUGACAGAUAUAAAUGUCCUCUGUCACUGUGGUUCUAUGCUUUUUCAUUAUGAAAUAAACGGCUCUGACUUGAUCUCAGAGUUUUGACUCUGUGCCUGGCAUAGGACUACAUGUGAUAAAAGGCCACGUGCAUGCAUAAUGAUUAAUCAGGGUCACUCAAUGAUGGACAGAUGUAUUUCAUCUCAACAUACAAGGAAUGAACAAAUAAAUAGAGUGGAAUUUGAAUGGAAAGGAUGGACUGAAAGACAAGGGGACAAUGAGAGGAUAAAGAGUGCUGACACACAGUGCUCUGUAGGGGAAGGGUUGUACAAAUUGUCCACUCUGAAAUGGGGGGUGGGGUUGAUAAGUAUUUUCUGCAUGCAGGCCUGAGACAUGGUGCAAGGGGUGAGGGGCUGCAGGAAGCUUUUACUGUGGGAUUUCUGGCAGACGUGUGUGUUUGGGUGAAUAUUUCUCUACCUCUAACGUUUUGUUCAAGUGCAAUGCGUUGUGUCCUCUGUUUUAGUAAGUGUGUGUGAGACGUUUUCAACUUGACAACUUCCACACGUCCUGGGUUUCUAACAUCACUUCUCCUCUAUAUCCCCCCUCUCGACUACGCAUCACAUCAUGUGAAACCUCUGAAAUGGCUUCCGCUCCUGGCUGACAUGGAGAUACAUAUAUAGAGCCUAUACAUAGUCAGAUAUGUGAGAGCCAGGCUAUACAUAGAAAAAAAUGCUGCAACACGGAGCAGAGGGUGUUACUUUUUCCACACAGAACUUGAUCAGUUCACGUCACUGAAGGACAUCUUCUAAUAUAUUGGUUAAAAUUUUCCAGGGACAACAGCUAUGAGAUAUCCUAGUCCCAGAUCGGUUUGUGCUCUUGCCAACUCCAUUGCUGCCAUUUUCAAGCCAAACAAUUCCAUAAGUAGUUGGCAAGAGAGCAGAAACAGACUGGCACCCAGGCUAGCUAUGAGAUUCUGUGUCAUAAAAACACACAAUCAAUCUAACAACUAUGAAGUAGUUAUAAGGGAUUUAUAUUCAACUCAAUAUAGUUGAUUUAUUUAUUGUUGAUUUUAGGAAUUUACUUUAUUUGUUGAACCAUAUUAUCCUAUAUGUUUUCAUGUUAAUAGUUGGUUGUCUGUUGUUUCUCUCCAGUGGCCAGUCUUCAGUCUGGAGGGCAAGGUCCCAGCAGUGUCCAGAGGGGAGGACAGUGGUGAGGUCAGUUCCCUGUCUGGAGAGCAGAUGCCUGAUUGGCUGGGCCCCGCCACGCUGCAGCUGAGCCAGGGAGACAGUGGUGGGUCUGGCCCCUGGCAGACAGAGAGCAGUCUGGCAGAGUCCUGGUCCACAGUGGGAGACAUGAUGGACCCCGAGGACACGAAGAGCGUUGACAGCUGUGACGGAGUGGUCCACCUAGCUGAGGAGCGCAGCGAGAACCACUCCUCUAUCUCUGACAUGGUCCACCUAGAGCGGGAGGAAGAGGAGGAGAUGCUGGUGGAAGAGGAGGAGGACGGGAGCCUGGGGGAAGAGGAGGAGCUACAAGCUAGUGCGAUGAGUGUGCUGGGGAGAGAAGGAGAGCUGGCUGAGGAGCUGGGCACCCAGGAAUUAAUACCUUCAUCUGAGGUGUCAGCUGACCACCAAGAGACUAUGGAUUUAAUUAUGUCUGUGGCUGAGGAGCUAUUUGUCCAGGAGGAGCCUGCUGAAGUAUCCCACGCCACCACCGCCUCUAUGCCCAUGCCAGUUUGGAAGCUAGAGCCUCCCUCUGCCUCCUCUACUCCUGUCCCCUCAAUACCUACACUAGCUGAGUUACAUUCAGAGCUCCAAUACUCUAUGCAGGAGCAGCUCCACCCUCCCCCGGUCCUAGGACCAGGAGCACCACAGCCACCAGACGAGAGCCAAACUAACAGCCAGCCAGAGUCGUCGGUCUCGCUCCCCGCUGCCCAGGAGACACAGGAAAUCCCACCAGUGACGCAGGAGGUUCCGCCAGAGAAGACAGAGGCUGAGCCUGUUACAUCGCUCCCUGCCACUGAGCUACCUGUGCUGCUGUGUGGGGGCGCUGCUAUGGUGGCUAUUGUGGGAGUGUUGGCUUAUGGGGCUGUGGCCUACUGCAGAAAGUAGCAAACCCCUAUCCUGUCCCAGCAGCCACAUAACCCAGGUCUUUUCAAAUCUACUCUAAACUAUUCCACCAAGUACAUACUGGAUUUUACACAAUGCGUUUCUUUGCAUCUAUGUAGUAUUAUGAAGGUUGGUUGCAUUUUAUAUCUAUUUCCUGUGCUACCUCAGUUCACGUAAGAGCUCAGGAGAUUUGGAAGAGCAAGAAUUUUUGUUUCUCUGUAUAUUCACAGGAAAUUACACUUUUAAAGUAUUUUAAAAAUCAGA